UUUACAUUACAGAAUGCUCUUCUGGGUAGCCCCGUGGUUUUAGCCACCUUUGUGACUUUAUGCAAUGCCCAGUGCUAUAUCAUAUCUAAUCAGAACUCUACACCUAAUAAGUGCAAGGAUCUUGAUGGAGUCAUACACCCGCUGAACUCAAAGUGGAAGACUGAGAACUGUGAGGAGUGUAUUUGUGACCAAGGUGGAAUUAACUGUUGCAACACGUAA